GCAAACAACCGUUAGGUGAACAAAACUAUUUUACUUUCUAGCAACUUGUUGCAAGAGUAUAAAAAUAACUGUAAAUAUUUGUCAAAGUUAAUUAGUUUCUUAGCGCCAAGUAGAGGAAUAGAUUACGCAUUAUACAAGAUAUCGCAUUAUUUUCUUACGAAAACAUCAAAGUAUUGUAACUUGAAAUGAUCAAAUUAAUCGAAUGGGUCGUUCGGAUCUACAUUGGAAUUUUGCUAGCUAUGCGCCCAGCUGUAGCCAUGAUACCCGAAGAAAUAAUGGAGGUCGCUUGCGCUGAGGAUGAGCAUUGCCAGUAUUACGAAGCAAAAAAUGUUAUUUCGUCCUGCGUUCAUGGCUUUUGCCAUUGUUACGACAAUCAAACGAUGACGGACGUUACCUGUAAACCAAAUAUUCUCCGCACGAAUAACAUAAUAGGUGGUAACUGUCCUUGCAAUCUACCGCAUGCCGAAUGUCAUCAAUCGGACCAUCUCUGCUACUGCGAGGACGACUAUUUACCUACAAAGGACAGGAGACGGUGCAUACCUAAACAAGUUCCAUUGGGCGAACCAUGUGAAACUGACGAACAAUGUCUGUUUUCAACUGUAUUCAGUCACUGUGAUGAGAGCACAAAGAACUGUUCAUGCGAUGCUGGCUUUUAUAGAAAUGACUCCAUGUGUCUAUCGCAAACCAAGCUCAGAGCCAAAUGUGACGACAGAAUGAGAUGCUCACAACACGGGCCACAUAACAUUUGUUUACCAGACAUAGGUGAGUGCGUUUGCGAACAGGGCUAUGUGAGUGCAAACACUUCGGAGGAUUGUCUACCGGGACGAAAGCUUCACGAAGCCUGUCAAGAUGCGACUCAAUGCUAUGUGUUUAUGGGACCAGGCUCUACCUGUGAUAACGGCAAAUGCCGUUGUAGGGUGGAAUAUACGCUUGUGACGAAGAAAACCACUGGAAACCGCUAUGGUAUUACCUUGGAAAAAGUGUGCAAACCCUUCGCAGAAAUUGGCCAGUAUUGCAGUAUUGAUGAGCACUGUCACAAUGGACCUGAGAAAGAGGAUGAGCAGUUAAUGGAAUGCGAUCACAGCGAAUGUGUCUGUCGGUUUGGCAUCAAAAAUCAAGUACCAUGCAGCUCGUCUACGGUCUCAAGUGUGAACAUUAAUAAAAUUUUGCUGUGGAUUAUAUUGGCGAUGGCGGGUUUGCAAAUACAUGCGUUGAGAUGGGAAGCACAAAAGACUCGCAGUGUUUGAACAUUAUUCAACAAUUUGGAAAAAUUCAAUUAAUAUAAAACCUUAGUUUUCUAAAAUUUGAAGAUAUUUAUAAAGUUAGUUCGUGGUGAGAUUGUUUUAUGUCAAAGAUUAUUUUUUAAAUUUUCUCAUUUUCUUAUGGAAUAGCAUAAAAAUCAAAUAAACCUUAAAAUCAACUUAAAAUGAUUCGUUGGUAUAUUUGGAUACGCCAAGUUAAGAAUUGUGAAAUAAAAAGUUAAUAAAAUAAGGAAAAUGGAUAACUUCUGCUGCACCGAAGCAA